CUGCCUGAAACCCCACCACUCGAGCUUCUUCUGGAAUCCUUUACUGUCAUCAUAGACUUUGGAUUCGACCUGGACACUUUCACUGGAAGCUCAGCUCGCUUUACCGUCGUCACGGCUGAAGAAGGUUCUGGAUCAGCUCCGGAGCUAUCUGGGAGAAACCUCGACACCCUUGACUUUGGCACAGAGAGCCCUGCUGUGUAUUCGUCUGUCAGUCUGUCACGUGAUCUGGCCCAAAUCCUGCGGAGUCUGGAGGACCCUAGAAUUGUCUACACUGCCUACACAAACAACGGAGGGAUCUUUGCCGAGCGUGAGGAGUUUGCAGCUGAGAACAACCGCUCCAGUUUCAUAGUGGGCAGUGCGAUGAUUCUGGAGGCUAGGCUCACUGGUGGAGCUACUGUGUCAGACCUGAGUGGAGUAGUCACACUCUCCUUUGAGAAAACACUAGAGGCGGUGGAGAAUGGUACUGAGUCUGUUUGUGUCUUCUGGGAGGAAGAGUUGGACGAGGGGCACGGUGGAUGGUCGACUGAAGGUUGCCGUCUAGUCAGUGACAAUGAACUUGUGGCACUCUGCGAGUGUGACCACCUCACCAGCUUUUCUCUGCUAGUGGACACAGUACCACAUGAGGCACCAGUACCAGAGGACAGAGGAAUAGGACCAUAUGUCUACACUGGCUGUCUGUUUUCAGCUCUGUUUCUACUGAUCACAAUUUUGACACUAAUCUUCACAAGGUGGAAUACGGGGACCGGAGUGUUUCUGAUAAACACUGCCGCGUCACUCCUUCUUCUUAACCUCGUCUUUGUCGCUGCUUACUACUCUGGCGGACUCUCUGAGCACACCUGUCACGGGGUGUCUGGAACACUCCACUACAUGUUUCUGACUGCUGCCUUCUCUCUAGCUGGGCUGGCCCUGGUAAAGCUGAGGGGGGCUGGGAAGAAGGAAGCACAAAGAGCCCUCAGAAACAAGCGCAUGGUCAUCUUGGGAGUGUUAGCAACAUGGUUUGUCCCAGCAUUGAUAGUGGCCUUAACUCUUAGUCUCAGCGAAACUUACAACACCAGCAGCGAAUUUUGCAGGCCAGUGGAUGGAGCAUUUCAUUACGGGUUGAUUCUACCCUGGGCACUUGCCCAUCUCCCUCUAUAUCUCUGCUUCCUCCUCGUUCCCUGCCCCUACUUCUCUCUCGCCCUCCGCGCCGAACACGUCCAGCAGUCCUGGGUCAGGGAGUACACAGGAACCACUCUCACCCUCUUCCUGUUUGACGUCAGCUGGGGCUUUGGUCUCCCCUCCACACACCCCAUUCACGUCCACAGUCUAAGAUUCUACUCACAGAUAGUAUUCUCUGUGGCCAGUGGGUGCAUCGGUCCAUUGCUGUUUCUCUUCUUCUGUAUCGCAAGCGAGAAAGUGAGGAAAUCGUGUGCUAGUCGUCUGGGGCUGGGACCUCUCCCAACCGGAAAGUCGAAGGAAGAGGAGUGUGAAGAGGAGAAAGACGGCAAAGGAACGAUAAUGAAAACGGAGGAGACCCCUGCAAUUACCUUUCAGUACGACCUCAAUGAGGUGUACGGAAAUCCAGCUGCAGUGACAGCUGACGAGGAGUAUGAAUUCCAGUCGGAAACUCAGUUUAAUUAAUUAACUGCAGGAUCCAACAGUAACACUAUGGCUUACAUGUAUAUACCGUUAACUUUAUGACUUCUAUACAUGGUGCGCUCUUGCUGCGGUUUAAUAUUACACAGCUGUGUAUUAGGAUCCUUGGAGGUGUAUCAGGAUCAUCUUCUAGUAUUGCGGACACACUGUCCACCUAGCAUUG